UGUGUACGUCCGUACUACGUAGCGCGGUAGUACGCAGGGCUCCGUCAUUCACACUGUGGAGUCGCUAUGGCGCAGGGGAAACAGAAGUUUAAAGCACAGCGGCCCGGCGGAGCGAAAAAACAACAAAACAAACCGAAAGGACCGAAGAAAGGAGGUCGGAUCAUCGCCCCGAAAAAAGCAGCGAUAGUCCAACAACAGAAACUUAAAAAGGGUCUGGAGGUGGCCAUCAGAAAUAAGAUUGAACAUGAGGUGACUCAGAAGGCCAGCAGCUCCUUACACAAGAGGCUGAGUGUCCUGAAGACCCCUCAGGGUAAAGGAGGAGCAGCAGGAAGCAGCAAAACCACCACCACUGCACCCUCCAAAUAACUGCCCCUAGCCCAGAAACUAAAUCCUGCGUCUGGGUGUCAUUCACUUCAUGACCACUAGGUGGUGACAGAGCCUACAUCAUAGUUUGGCAAAAGAAAAAUGCACAAAAAAUGAAGUCACACAUUUGACUGUGUAGAAAAUGUCUCAUAUUAGCUGUUAUUUUUUUUAGAUAAAAAUAUUUAUCAGUAACUAUUAUUAGUAAAUAUUAUUAGCAUAACUAAUAUUAGCAGUACGUUCACAGGACUGUAUGUAUCAGGUGUAAGUGGAUAAAAAGCUCCUUCACAGAUCUUUGUUGCUUUAUUUUUUUUAAUAGUACAUUCCUAGGAAUGAUAAAACCUUCUUUGUUUUAACUUUACCUGUAUAAUCUUCACUUUGCUGUCAGUUCAUAUGGCUACAAAAAUAGUUAAUGAAAUCAUCCAGAGCUUUUAUUAAUAAAAAAUAAAUACAGAAAACAUCAA